AUGCUGCUGCUCUCGUUAGUAAUGAGCGCCCUAGCGCUGGUGGCGCAUGCGCAGAACGCCACCUUCCCAAACGACUUCCUCUUCGCCGUAUCGUCUGCAGCCUAUGAAAUAGAAGGAGGCUGGGACGCAGAUGGCAAAGGAGUGAGCAUCUGGGACACCUUGACGCACGACAGCUCGCAGUACAUUAACGACGGAUCCAACGGCGACGUAGCGAGCGACUCCUACCACAAGUAUGAGGAGGACGUGCAGCUGGUCAGAGCUUUAGGGGUGGACAUAUAUAGAUUCUCCAUCUCUUGGGCCAGAGUUCUUCCUGUGGGUGAUGUCAGCCAAAUCAAUCAAGCAGGAGUGGAUUACUACAACAACCUCAUCGAUUUGUUGAUUGCAAAUGGCAUUCAGCCUAUGGUGACCAUGUACCACUACGACCUGCCGCAGCCGCUGCAGCUCCUGGGCGGCUGGACGAACCCCGUGGUGGCACAGUACUUCCGAGAGUACGCUCGCUUCCUCUUCCAGACGUUUGGAGACAGGGUGAAGUGGUGGGUGACGUUCAACGAGCCGACGACGAUCGCAUUCGGCUACAGCUCCACGGACACUAACGCACCGGCCAUCGGCGCCCACGGCUUCGGCGACUACACGGCGGCCCACUGCAUUCUGCGUGCGCAUGCCAUGGCCUACAGGCUCUACGAUCAGCAGUUCAGGGCCGCCCAAGGAGGGUACGUCAGUAUUGCUCUUAACUCAAACUUCUAUGCGCCAGCCACCAAUUCCACUGAAGAUUCAGAAGCGGCGGAAAGGGCCUUACAAUUUUUCCUGGGUUGGUUUGCUCACCCGAUCUACACGGAGGAGGGCGGAUACCCCCUGGUGAUGCAAGAACGCAUCUGGGAGGACUGCAUCAACGACAACAUCUGGAUCUCGCGGCUACCCGAGUUUAGCGCCCAGGAACUAGUCGACCUCAGAGGAGCAGCAGACUUCUUUGCCCUGAACCAUUUCACGACGCAACUGGCAUCGAACGGUCAGCAAGCUUACUUCCACCCGUCGCACGACUGGGACACGGGCGCCAUCUUGUCUUUUGACGACAGUUGGGCGGCCACAGCCGACGACAACAUAAAGGUCGUUCCGUGGGGCUUGCGCAGUCUGCUGAACUGGAUCAACAACGAAUACGACGUCAGAGGAGGGAUCUUUGUAACAGGGAACGGUUUUCCAGACGCAGGAGAGCUAGAGGACAGUGGUCGGCAGGAGUACUACAGGGCUUACCUGGCGGAGAUACUGAAUGCCAUUCAUGAAGAUGGUAUCAACUUGAUUGGUUACACAGGAUGGAGCCUGCUUGACGGUUUCGAGUGGAUUAGAGGAUACACUGUGAAAUAUGGCUUUUAUCAAGUGGACUUCAGUGAUCAGAAUAGGACCCGAACACCGAAGCCGUCAGCAACCAUGUUUCAAGAGAUCGUGGCGACACGACAGCUUCCUAACCGCGCUGCAAAGCCAGCCUUCACGUAG